GCCAGCAAGGCGAGCAGCGUGCCCCCGCAGCCCUACUACAUGACGCACUCGUUCCCGCCGGGCGCCCCUCCGGGAGUGGCCGCCGGGCCAGGCGUCCCUGGCUCGUCCGCCACCCUGCCGCGGGGCGGCUCCCUCAUGCGGGCCUACUCGCCAGCACCCAAGAGCCUGCCGCCAUCAGCGUUGCCCGUGAAAAGUCCUCCUCCUCUAGCCCCUAUGCGCAGUUACAUCCCUCCCAAAAGUCCAACCCCAAUCUUCCCCAACGCCAAUCUCCGUCCUAGACCCCCCAGACCGCCACAUCGAAAGUACUUUCCUCCUUAUCUGUCGCCCAUUGAAUUUGAGGACGCAUCUUCUCCCACUUCACCUCAAGAUCGUCUACAUGCAGAAAGUGGCUACAUGAGUUCCCCUGAAAGAGGAGGACCUCGGGCAUACCCAACACCGGCAUAUCCUGCCUCAGCAAGUGUGCCAUAUGAAGAGGGAUACUACGGGCAGUAUGGCACUCGCUCUGGGUCCAUCACACCUGUCAUCGAUGAGGAAGCAAGCGACACGGAGCUGAUGGACGAGCAGUACGCCCUGUACGGCGUGAAGCUGCCCGGAGGGGGCGGGCCUGGGCCUCGUGGUCCCCCCGCCCCCUCUGCAGCCAGAGCUCCCUUCCCCACCCCGGCUGGACCUCCCUACGACGUGACUCGGAUACGAGUGGAGAAUAUGGAGCGACAGCUUGCAAAUUUGACUGGGCUAGUUCAGAAGGCAUUGACUCAUGGUCCUACUCAUCUAGCAGUUCCAGGGUCUCAAGGAUAUCGAAAUGCCUCAGGAGAGUUUGAUACAUGCAGCUCAGCUUCUCAAGACGAUUCCACGUUUGUGAGGAGUGAUGUGAAACCCCCUAAACUGGGAAAAGAUAAAUCAGUUUCAUUCGAGAAGUCAGUCUCAUUCAGUGAUGAACCCCCUGAUAUGAAUUCACCCAAGCAACAUUCUCCCCAACAUGGCGCGGACACUAAACCCACUAAACCAGCAAUAAAGUCAUCCACACUCCCUAGAACUUCAUCACAAGAGCGAGAUCGUCACAAACCAGCUCCCCCACCAAAGCCAAUGUCCCUAUCCCCAGGGCAGUAUGAGGGACGCAAUAUCUACAGAGAUUUACAGCUAACCCCUGAAAUGUACAAUCAGCUUCGUGGACUACAGAAAAAGGCCAAAGAUUUACGUCAGGAAGUUCGUAACCUGCGAAGGAUGUCACAAGCUCAAGCUCAUUCUGUGCGGGAAACAAUACGUGAUACUUUCAUUAAAAUAAGAGCCAUGCUUAUAACUGGUGCUGAAGGAUCUUGGGCUGCGAUCGGCGAUGCUGAAAAGUUACGGCUCAGCAGAGAAGAAGAACUCUAUAAACAAGAAAUGCUUCGCCUUGAAAAGGAUCUCACGGAACUGGAAAGUACUGUUGAAGAGCUAAGAGGCAACGUCAUAAAUAGGAAGACUCGGGUAAACAUGUCUGAUGUUGAAAAUAUGGCCCUAAUUCUUAGCAAAUCCAGUAAAACUGUUGCUGAUCUCAAAGUCCGUUUCCCUGGCUUACAAGAUGAAAUGAAGAGCCUUCUUUCUGCGGAGAUGGACAAAGUUGUGAGGGAGGAGAAAUUCUUAAAAGAAGAACCAGAAAGAUUGGAAAGUGCCUUGCGUCGGUGUAAAAAGUUAACAGGAACAUUGGUGACCUUAAAACGAUUGGCUUCAGUUCAAGAACAACGCUUGCCUUGUCCCCCUGGUACAGUUAGUGCAGAUGCCCGUCUCUCGCCUACACUGGAUGAUGAGCCUCUACCACCCACUCCUAACUCAGCAUCCAGCAAGGCCUGUGUCUUCGGUUCGUCAAGAAGCAUCGUGGGGUCCACCGACUCAGGAGGGGAGUGCAAGCGUCCGGAGAAUGCACUCGACGCCCUGCUAGAUGAACUUCAAACUUUCGCUAAACCACCUGCAACAAAUCAAACUCAUCCUCCAACCAUGGCUGAAAUUGGUCGACGGAAAGGCAGCAUUGAAACUGCCAAUCCUCCUCCAAGCAACCCAACUUCUUCAUUGCGUCGCCUUCAUUCAUACCCAAGCAGUUCAGAUGGAGGUGGUAAUUCACCCCCUAAUAUAGCCCGUCUGCAAGUUUCAGACUCUAAGCCUCCAGUCCCCGAGCGGAAUGCUGAUCUUUUAGCAAAGAGAGUACCACCUCCUCCACCUCCAAGAACAAGCUCUCGCUCUCCUUUAGCAUCUCCAACUAGCCCAUCGUUGCCACCUCGAUCCCAAAAUCCUCCCAGCCAGCCUCAGAUGGGUACCCAAGGGACACUUCGUAGGGCACAAGCAGGCCGAGGUAGUGUUAGGUCAUGUAGUAUUCCUGGAGCUGAUCCCCUCCGAAAUCCCCUAGUGGUGGAAGACCAACAAGUUCCUAGCCCUGCAAAUGCAGCUGCAUCCAAUAGUUCAAGCUGUGAAAGUGUAAACUCUCAAGAAGGAGCAGCUGCAAAAAAAGAAAGGCAAGAAGCUCUUGAACAGCGUCAUCAAGAACUCCUGAAAAAACAAAGAGCAUUACAAGAACAAUAUGCUCGUCUCCAACAGCUGCAACGUGGUACAUCAACAGUUCCUACACCAGAUCUUCUGCUUAAAAAAACAGGCAGUGAGAGUAAUCUCUUGGCUAAAAUGGGCAUGCAGGGCUUAUCAGCAGCUGCCCCAAUGUCAGGUUCUCUAACUCACUUAGCAACUGCAGCUGCUUCAACGCCACUUACUGCUGCCCAAACCACCACUAGCAAAAUAUACGAAACAGACAUUCUGUGACAUGUUUGAAAACAGCCCAAGCACAUUUUACCAAUAGCUGUAGUCCAAAAUUCUUGAUAAAGUAUCUUGUAAAUAGGGAUGGUCUUCUUGUUUAAAAAUGAGUGCCCCUCCCAAAGACUAACUAAAUGUUUGGAUAGCAACACUUAUCUGUUCUAGAUCAAUAACAGUUCACCAAGUUUUCAGCCCCCAAUAAGUUGGCCUAGCCAUUUUUUUUACCCAUCUGCUUGUAAAUGUUCUCUUGAAACUGAAACUGUUGACAAGCUUUCCUGUUCAGUAUGCUUAAGUGUCAAAGCAGGGUGAACCAAUAACAACUUUCUUACAUGUGCCAAUACCCUCCUAGCGCUUCACUGUUUAUUUGUACCAUGUGUCAAGCUAUAAAAUUAAAUUAUUUCACAGACCAAAGAAGUGAAAGUCAUUACAGUCUUAAGAGAAUGAGCCUUUCAUGCUUGUAAUUCUUUUUUAUUACAGCUUAAUUUACUUUGCAUAUUAAUGUAUUAAAAUCAGUUGUGUCAAAUAUUCAUGUCUGUCCUAUCAAAUGCACCAGUUGUCAUAAAUGUUGUUGCCAAAGUAAACUUUUCCUUCUAUUUUUCCCUCUUGUAUUUUUUCUUGAUGUACUGUGAGUUUUUUUGUUGUUGUGUUUUUUGUUGUUGAUUGAAUUGUAUAUAUGAAAAGAUAAGAGAUAUAAUAUUGGCCAUUGCAUUCUGAAAUUUUUUACAUUGAGCAUACCUAUGUUACUUAAUUGUCAUAGUGAAUGUUUUAACUUUAUCAGGUUGUAAAAAUUUGCUCAAUCCCAGUUAAGUGCGAUGUAUCUAGAUUAUCUGUAAUCAUUAUUACUGCCGUCACUCAAAACCGUUCUUGAAUGGAUAUUGUAAAAGCAAUACUUACAACACAAGUAUUACAUACAGUUCAGACUAGGUCUGUCACUUGUGUCCUUUCUCCUCCCAUUCCUCAUGGGAUAUACGUGAAGGAAAAAAAAAGAUUAAUUUAUAAUGAAUGAUGAAUUUAUUUUAUUUGAUUAUUUGAGUAUUAUUGAAAUGAUAUUGUGAAAGUGGCUCAUUUUGAAGUCUUUAGAGGUAAGGACAGGUGAAUGAUUACACACAGUUCGGUUCUUACAAAAGCAUUCAUUAUAGCAUCAUUCACAUUUCCUGUCAUUGGUAAAAAAAUUAUAUUCACAUUGCUAUUUCUUAUGAAGAAAAACAUGUAGUAGCACAUUAUAUUGAGAGUGGUUUAAGGUUAUUUGAGAAAAAUCAGACAUUAUAACAUCUUUAAGGACAUCCAAUUAUUGAUCAAAAAUUGUUUCAGUCCUACAUAGUUCAACCAUGGUCAUGUUGUCUAAUGUUUAACACUUCAAUUUUCAAUUUUAAAAUCUCCCUUUCCUCCCCUAUUUCCCCUUUCCCCAAAAUACCCUCACAAUCCUUUUUAUUGGAUCUAUGUGUUUGCAUUAAGACAUCACUUGUAUAUGUGUAUUGUAAUAAUAACUUUGCAUCACUUUGUAAAAUACAUGAACAAAUAAAAUGUAUAAAAUUGGG